AUGCGGGGCGAUGAUCUCAUAGUGGCCGAGAUUCCGUGCGGCAGCGGCGGCCACUCAUCGGUCACGCUCAUCGCUCGCAGCGAGUCGACAAGCGCGCCUCUCGCUAUCCUCUCUCCACCAAGUGGCGUCGCAGCGGCGGCGCACGACCGGCUCCUAAAGGAGCUGUGGGCCUCCGUGCCAGACUCGUCCGUAUCAGGAGGCCGCGGCGCGCGCUUCCGGCUGCACGCCGACCCGGGCGGCGACGCGUGCGACGGUGACUUCUUCUCGCCCGCGCAACACGAGCGGCUGCUCUCCUUUGUCCGCGAGCGCGUGUUUGACGCGUGGCGCUCGGUGACGCCGGAGCUGCGCUCGUUGGCGGGCUCGUUCGAGCUCUUCAACCCGGCGCUCGGCGCAAACAUGGGCUGGCACCAAGAUGGCCACGCGGCAGGGGAGCUCGUGGCGCACUACUACCUGGCCGCCGACGACGAGGACAUGGCGUGGGCAGAGGUGGCGCUGCCUCCCGCGCCGCCGUCCGAGGGCGAGGCGGAGGCUCCCGGCUUUGACUUCUCCUGCGCCGUCGACUUCGGCUCGAGCGACGAGCUGUCUCGCGGCGUGGCCGCCUCCAACUUCGUCGCGGUCGGCUGCGGCGCAGACACAGCGGCGCAGCCAAUCUGCGUCUUUGAGGACUCCGCCGUGCUUCACCGCACCCCGCUCACCGCCGCGGGCAAGCCGCAGCUCCAGUCACGCCGGCCGAUGGCGCGCCUCGUCUUUUACGGGACGGACGCCGACGGCGCCACCCUCCGCUUCCCGCCGCCGCAUUCCGCGCCGCAGGCGCUCCGCGCGGCGGCGCCCCGCUUGCCGGAAGGGCUGGUGCGCGUGCUCUGCGAAUUUGGGAUGAAGAAACGAGGGUGGACGGGCAAGAGUCGUGGACCGGCUGCCGAAACGCGCCUGCGUUACGAAGCACUGAUGGAGCCUUACGCGGGGCGCUACUUUUCGGAGGCGCUCUGUUCGUAUGUGGCGGGAGGGGAGGAGGCCGUGGCGUUUGUGGGCGCCCGGGCGGCGGCGUUGGCGGCAGAGCUGGAGGCGGAGGCGGAGGCGGAGGCGGAGGCGGAGAAGCUUAAGGCGGCGAGGGUGGCGGCAGGCUGGGUAUCGUCGUCGGAGGAGGGGGAGGAGGAGGUGGAGGAGGAGGAGAGGGGGGUAGGGGCGUCCGACAGCCUCGCGCAGCUUGCGGGCUACGUGGAUCGGCUGGGCGAGGUGUGCCCUUGGACGGCGAGGCAGCGCGCUGCGGACCUGCUCUUCCACACCCGGAAGGAGCUGCUCGAGGUGGAGGAGGUGCUGCGGGCGAAAGAGAUCGACGAGUCCGCUCUCUGCUCCGAGCUGGGGGACGUGCUCUUCGACGUGCUGCUCCUCAUUCGAGUCGCCGCGAGGGACCUCUCCCCCGCGGCCGUGAGCCUCGAGGCGUGCGCCGCCGCGGCCUGCGCAAAGCUGAGGCGGAGGGCGCCCUACGUUAGCGGAGCAGCAGUCCCCGCGUCGCCCGAGGAGGCGGAGGCGUGGUGGCAGCGCACCAAGGAGGCGGAGAAAGCGGAGGCGGCGAAGGGGGAGGAGCCGCCGCCGCCGCCGCCGCCGCCGCCGCCGCCGCCGCCGCCGCCGCCGCCGCCGCCGCCGCCGCCGCCGCCGCCGCCCACGCCGCCCCGCCCGCGGCCGCCGCUGGCCGGGCCGGAAGCGGCGGCGUUGGCCCGUGUGGCCCCGGCUGCUCUCGCACGACGGGAGACGGAGGUCUCGGCCGAGGGGGGCGAGGGGCCGAAGGCAGCUCCGGCCGUCUCGGGGGCCGCGAGUCCCCUCGACGGCGACGGCGAGUCGGACACCGGCUCGCUGCUCGGGAUGAGCGACUGGGAGCGGGACCUCGCCCGGCAGUCCGACUCGGACGAGGAGGACUAG